CGGGCUUCAAGCUGAAUGGCUGGUUCACAGGAGCUAAAGCUGCUGGUGUGUUCCUAAAACUGAAGAACGUCAACUCAGAAAAACAGAAGAUAAAAUAUGUACCAUGCCCAAAGGGAAGGGAGCCAAAGGGACAAAGCUGACCCUCAAGAUCGCCAAAAAGGCAAUACGGACGACCCUGGAUGGACGGCGCAGACUCACCCUUAGCAACAUGGGUAUAACCGUUUUCCCAAAAUGUCUCCUAAAACUGACCGAUGUGGACGAGUUGGACCUCAGCCGCAACCUGAUACAGAAACUCCCAGAUAACAUCGGGAGCUUCUCGUCACUGAGAUGGCUGGAUCUACACAGCAACAAGCUGGAGUGUGUGCCCGAGUCCAUCGGCAAGCUGGUGGGACUGACCCACCUCAACCUCUCCAACAACCGCCUAAUCUCUGCAGGUUUACCCUCCACACUGGGUUGUCUCACCAGCCUGAAGAGUCUCAAUCUGGGGAUGAACCAGCUGGACACCCUGCCUCUCACUAUGGAGGCUCUAGAUAGUCUCCAAGAGUUAGGUCUGUUCGAUAACCUUUUCAUUAAUCUACCAGAGUUUGUGAGAGUGCUACGCAACCUCACGAAGUUGAACAUGAAGCGAAAUCCUCUAUCGUAUGUUCAGGGGGAUAGUGAGGGGACGCAGAAGGAAACAUCAGAACCAGAGGAAGAUAUGUACGUGGUGCUUGAGAGCAGCCUGUGUAGGACAUGCCUUAAGAGAUGUAAAGAGCAUCAAGAAAGGCUUAUAGGAGGAGGAGGAGGAGGAGGAGGAGGAGGAGGAGGAGGAGGCGGCGACGCGUUUGAGCAGAAAAGGAUAAGGACUUAUCAAGGACUGCUAGUGCCAAACUCAGUGGCUAAAGUCAAUCAAGAUGUGUGGAGAAUAAGAAAGGUGGAACACACGGCAAUCAGAUGACCAAACAGCCUCACAAAAGCCAUCUUAAAACUAUAGAACAUAUGGAAUGAAUGUUACUUUUAGGCAUCUCUAAAAACGUAAUAAUUGCAUAAUAACUUACUAUAUGUCACACGACUAUUUUUUCAA